AUGUAUGCGGCGGCGGGCUACUCUGGGAUGCCCUUCACCGUGCACCGGGGGACGCUUAAGACGGCCCAGAUCACAUACGAGGGCUUCUCUGGAGAGGUGCCGUUCACGCUCGUGCUGCCCGAGGCGUACGACCCCGACAAGGAGGGCGGGCAUCCGCUGCUGGUUUGCCUCGCUGGACCUGGUAUGCCGGAUACAAUGAUCCUGGAGCCGCAGCAGGUCUUUGGCUUCAUGGACCCGUCCGACCUGAGCAAGAGCCAGGUCAGCGGCAUCAUGAGCCGUGCAAAGGCUGCCAAUUUGCCGCUUGCCUUGCUGUGCGCCACUUGCGCAGGCCACCCUCAGAUGGCGGAGUUGUCCAACACUUGCGGGCGGUGGUCGGACUGGACGAACGGGAGCGCAAACUGGGAGACGUUCACCGUCAAAGAGCUGCUGCCGCACGUUCGGGAACACUUCAACGUUGGCUCCGAUAACCCAGCAGAAGUUGCCAUCACGGGUAUCAGCUCGGCCGGCCAGGGUGCGCUGCGCUUCGGGCUCAAGCACCCCGACGUGUUCGGUGUGGUGUGUGGCCUCUCGGCAGCCAUCACACCCACCGCAAAGGCGGCCGACCUCUACCUCGAGCACCCGAAUGACGGGGUGCUCAACGAGGACGACUUCCACGCCAACAACGCCAUCUCGAUCGCGAGCAACCCGGCGGCGCAGCAGGCUCUCAAGGAGCACGGCACGAAGAUCCUAAUCGAUUGCGGCGGCCGAGAUGAGCUCUACCCGUACGCGGGCGCCGAGAUGCUCCAUCGCGUGCUUGCGGACAGCGGCAUUGAGCACGAGUACCGUCUUGGGUUGCACGGCACCCACAUCGGGUCUGACGCGUGGGCGAGAGACAUGUACGCGGUCGACUUCGCCAUCAAGCACAUAACACGCCACCUGCGGGGCUCGGACCCGAUGGAUGCGGGGCUGAGCGCGCACAUGCAGGGCGUGGCAGAGGGCUGCCUCGAGAAGUGGGGGAUUGCAAAGCUCUCACACGGGGAGGCCAUGGCGCUGGUGGGGAACAAGAUGAUGAAAUAG